AUGCAAUGGGAGAUUGCCGCCGCAAGUGCCGUGGUUUUGGCGUCUUUCAUCGGCGGGAAAUUCUUGAAGCUGUCAUCAGCCGGCAGUCAAGACGGCGCCAGCAAUCCCCAGGCGGUGUGCACCCUCCCCCGCGUCACCACUGCCGUGAUCGGCCUGCCCGUUGGGGGGUCGACGAUCACAAGCCGCCUCGGCGCCAUCGUGGCAAGCCAAACGGCAACUAGGCUCGAUAUGUCCAAAGCCGCGGUCGAGUCUGUCGUGGGAGAGCUUGCUCGCUAUGUGUCCAAUCCGCGCCGGAUGGGGGGAGCCCGAGAUCUCGUCAACGCGUCAGAAGAUUGGCAGCUGCUCUUGUGGUGCUCGGCGCUUCGGUACCAGAUCAUGCGGAGUCCGCCCAGUCCAGGGUCCUGCGCUUGUCAGCACCCCGGGUGCCUGUCCGGUAAUAUCGAAGCGGCAAUUAGCCUGUUCACAUGGAACGGGCGCAACCUGGUCAGCCCUCGCGAAGGCAGGGAUAACGAUCAUUGGAUGGACUGCGCCGCAUCAUGCACCGACUCGGCAUUCCGCUCCGUCAAAGUGAAGGCGUGCCCCCAGCCCACCGGUGUCCAGCUCGAACAACGUUAA